CUAUACUGCUUUGAAUGCACGGCUCACGAUAAAGUUUCUGAUAGAUUGGUUCUCGAGAUUUCCCGCUGGAAUGAAUCUGUGGCCACAAAGAAUAAAAGUGGGCUGAAUCGCUUAUGUAGAAUUGGCAACAACAGCACCUUGGCGGCUAUUCCUGCCAACUGUGAAACGCUGGUCGGUCGACUCACCCUAGAUCACACCACGGAUCUUUCCCAGCUAUGGAAACUGUACAACGUGACAAGAAUUUACGGACAGUUGGUGAUCCAAAACGCCUCGAUCACUAGUCUUGCUGCACUGUGGAAGCUAGAGUACAUCAUCAACCUUACGGGUCCGAAUCUUCUCGAAAAGAAGUUUUUCACGUCUUGGUUUCUUCUAUUUUUGAAAAAAGGCUACGGUUUCCUAUUUAAAACUCUUUUUAAAAGCACAGUUCAGGACAAUUUUGGGGGUAUCCGGUAUUUUAGAAAUAGUGGUAGGUAA